CUCUUCUUCGUUUCUCUCACGUCUAUUAUUUUUCUCUCAUCUUUUAUUAUUUUAUAGAACCAAUCAGAUUUGCAGUUUCUGAAGAAAUGGAAUUUGUGAAAACCUCUCCACCAAUAUAUGAAUGUCUCCUCUUUGAUUUGGAUGAUACACUUUACCCUUUCAGCUCUGGUUUAUCAGACGCAUGCACCAACAACAUUAUAGAAUUUAUGGUUGAAAAGCUUGGAAUAGAUGAAGAGGGAGUAGUUGAGCUAAAUGAUAUUCUUUACAAGAAACAUGGAACUACAAUGGCUGGUCUUAAGGCUGUGGGCUAUGAAUUCGACAAUGACGAGUACCACAGCUUUGUUCAUGGGAGAUUACCUUAUGAAAACCUUAAACCGGACCCGGUUCUGAGAAAUCUCCUCACUAGUCUACCUUUCCGAAAACUGGUUUUCUCGAAUGGAGAUGAUGGUCAUGUGAUGAGGGCUCUAAAAAGACUCGGCAUUGAAGACUGUUUUGAGAGAAUUAUAAGUUUCGAGACCUUGAAUCCUGUGAUCAACGAGGCUGCUGAGGUUUCUUGCGAGACAGGUCAUCUUCCCGAGAAUCCAGUUAUCUGUAAACCAACCGAGAUUGCUUUCGAGAAAGCAUUCGAAAUCGCUCAGCUUGAUCCUCACAAAACCUUGUUCUUCGACGACAGUGUCCGGAACAUCCAAACCGGAAAAGCCGUUGGUCUCCAUACAGUAUUGGUUGGUAAAUCAGAAAAGGUGGAUGGAAGUGAUUACGCGUUAGAAAGCAUUCACAACAUGAAAGAGGCAUUUCCAGAGUUAUGGUUGGAAUCCAACAUCAACGACAAAGAAUCUGAAAGAAUUGUUUACGCUACACAGAUCUCGAUUGAAACUACUAUUCAAGCUUAAACUUUACAUGUGCUCCUCAACUGAUCUUUCCGUAUUUAAUGAAUGUUUCAAUAAAAUAAAAUAUAUAUCCAUUCGUAUCUUGUAUUGAAUACGUUGAUAUAUUGUAACUUUGUUUAUAGUGUUGUGUUAUGUACUAGUAAAAGAUCCAAUUAAGUAAUUUUCACUUGAUA